CGGAAGCCGCGGUCAGCGGUCGCUUCGCCAUAGAAACGCCGCUGACCGCGGGCCCCGGUCGUUUCGAGGGGGAACCGAAGGGCAGGAAGUUCGGGAAAUCCACAGGUCCUGGCAAGGGCAGGAAGUGAAUGAAGAGUUGGUUCCAGGACCUAAAUAUCAUUUCUGGAGACACCCUUCACUGAUGACUGGGAUUUCUUACUAGAAUAUUAGGGCAGAUACAGAAGAGACAGAGUAUCCCAGUUAGCCACUUAACUAGACAGAAGAAAAUGAUCAAUGUUCAGUUUUCCCCUAGGCUUCCCCAUCUCAAUCUCCCACACUGCUGUAUGAUUGCAAGCCAUGUUGAGACAGAAGAGUGGCUGCUCAGUGUACAAGCAGGUCCCACUUCAUUCUCCAGUGGCAGUCAGAGCUAGGCUGCUUUGCCACAUGAAGAUGCUGCUCUGCACUUCUCUGGAUGAUACUGUGUUUGUGGAGAAGUCACCUGAUAGUACUUAUUAUCUUUUCUUUGUGGAGUUGCUGACACUGGAGGAUGUGACUGUGCCUUUCACCCUGGAGGAGUGGCAGCUCCUGGGCCCUGCUCAGAAGGAUCUGUACCGACAUGUGAUGUUGGAGAACUAUAGCAACCUGGUGUCAGUGGGGUGUCCAGUCAGUAAGUCAGCCCUCUCCAAGUUGGAACGAGGGGAAGAACCUUGGACAGAUGAAGAAAUGCACAGUUGGAUCUCUCCAGAAAAUGACAGAGUUGAUCAUCUUCAGAGUCACUCAGAAAAUCAAAGAAUGCUGAAGAGUGUGGAAAACUAUCAUGAACUUCAAACCAAAAGUAAUUUUCCUUUCAAAGAGAAUCAUAAUAGGGUUGAGUUAUAUAUAAGGACUUUGAAGUCAAAUUUAAGUUUAGUCAACCAAAACAAAAACUAUGACAUGAAGAACUCUACUAAAUUAAAGGAAAAUGUGAAAUCAUUUGUGAAAGAGAAGUAUGAGGAAUUCCAUUCUGCAGUUAAGUUUCCUGUAAGUGGAAAACCUGUUAGUGGUAAGUCCCAAGUCAUUAAGCAUCAGAGAGUUCAUGAAAUAGAUAAAACCCAUGUGUGCAGUGAAUGUGGGAAAGCCUUUUUCAAGAAGUCUCAGCUCACUGAUCAUGAGAGAGUGCAUACAGGAGAGAAACCUUAUGGGUGCAAUAUGUGUGCCAAAGUAUUCUCUAGAAAGUCCAGGCUGAAUGAGCAUCAGAGAAUUCAUAAAAGAGAGAAAUCCUUUAUAUGCAGUGAGUGUGGAAAAGUCUUUACUAUGAAGAGCCGAUUGAUUGAACAUCAGCGAACUCAUACUGGAGAGAAACCCUAUGUGUGCAAUGAAUGUGGAAAAGGCUUCCCAGGCAAGCGUAAUCUUAUUGUACAUCAGCGUAACCAUACAGGAGAGAAGUCCUAUGUGUGUAGUGAGUGUGGAAAAGGCUUCACUGUGAAGAGCAUGCUCAUUAUACAUCAGCGAACUCAUACAGGAGAAAAGCCCUAUAUAUGUAGUGAAUGUGGGAAAGGUUUUACCACAAAGCACUAUGUCAUCAUACAUCAACGAAAUCAUACAGGAGAGAAACCGUAUAUAUGCAAUGAAUGUGGGAAAGGCUUCACUAUGAAGAGUCGUCUGAUUGAACAUCAGCGAACUCAUACUGGAGAAAAGCCCUAUGUAUGUAAUGAAUGUGGAAAAGGAUUUCCCAGGAAGAGUAAUCUCAUUGUACAUCAGAGAAAUCAUACAGUAGAGAAGUCCUAUCUAUGUAAUGAUUGUGGAAAAGGCUUCACUGUGAAGAGUAUGCUCAUCAUACAUCAGCGAACUCAUACUGGAGAGAAGCCCUAUAUCUGUAGUGAAUGUGGGAAAGGCUUCCCCUUGAAAAGUCGACUGAUUGUACAUCAGCGAACUCAUACUGGAGAGAAACCUUACAAAUGCAGUGAAUGUGGGAAGGGGUUCAUUGUGAAUAGUGGACUGAUGUUACAUCAGCGAACUCAUACUGGGGAGAAACCCUACAUAUGCAAUGAAUGUGGAAAAGGUUUUGCCUUUAAGAGCAACCUUGUGGUACAUCAGCGAACUCAUACUGGUGAGAAACCUUUUAUGUGCAGUGAAUGUGGAAAAGGCUUCACCAUGAAACGCUAUCUUGUUGUACAUCAGCAAAUUCAUAUAGCAGAAAAAUCCUACAUAUGUAAUGAAUGUGGAAAAGGCUUUUCCGUGGAAACUGAGCUCAGUUUACACAAGCAGGUUCAUACUGGAGAAAAACCAUAUGCAUGUAAUGAAUGUGGUAAAGGCUUCACUGUAAAAAGUCGCCUAGUAGUUCAUCAGCGAACUCAUACUGGAGAGAAACCCUUUGUAUGCAGUGAAUGUGGGAAAGGCUUCUCCUCAAAGAGAAAUCUUAUUGUACAUCAGCGAAUACAUAACGGAAAUAAACCCUAACGGUGUAAUGCACAUGGUAAUGCCUUCAGGUAGAAAACGCCUUGUGCAAUAUCCAAGAUUUCACAUAGAAAAUACUUCUUUAUGUAUAGUGAGUGGAAAAAUUUUACACACCUUCCAUCUCAUCUACCAAGGAACUUACAUGGGAGAUGAACCAUAUUAACUGUGGGAAAACCUUCAACAUGAAUUCAGUGCUUAAGUUCCAUGUUGUACCCAGUGUUCAUCAAAGAAUUCAUACAAGGGAGAAGAGACUGAUUCACUGAUUGGGGGACCAUGCUCUCCUGUCAGACUUCAUCAAAAAUAUGACAGUAGUAAUUCUUUGCACAGACUCUCAACUCAUUACAUUCAAAUUCAUGCAAGGGCAAACUGUGUUAGUACUUUGAACUCAUCAAAUAUCACUGCUUCUACCACAUAUGAAUAUUUAGCCUAGAGCAGUCUGUUCAUAGAUUUUCACCCUUGAGACAUUGUGGAAUUUCCAUAGGUGUGAAAAUUUAAUGAAUACAGAGAAAGUAUUAGUGCCUUCAGUAAUUACCUCACUUUACAUGUGAAAAAAAUAGAAAAACACUGAUACAUUUAGGGCAGAAGUCUUGAAAAGUCUAUGAGAUAAAUGGGGAGACUAGAAAGGCCUUCUAGGAUAAAAUAAAAACUCUCAUUAAUUAUCAAAAUAGAUACAUCAGUGAGCUCAUACAUAGUAGCAACAUAAUGAUCAUAAGAAAGCCAUUACCUAGCAGUAAAACCUUAGUUGUGAGGUAUUUUACUCUGGACAAAAAAAAUUUUCAAAUGGCAGGAUCUCAGUGAUAUGUUCUGCUGCUUUAUCUGUUAUUAAUGCACACAGAAAUAAAACUUAAGGUCACAGUAAAUGUGGAAUGACUUUUUCAGGGGUGGAUUCUGGGGAUUUAACUCAGGGGCACUUUAUCACUAAGCUAUAUCCCCAGCCCUUUUUAAUUUUUAUUUUGAGACAAGGUCUCACUGAGUUUCUGAGACUGACCUUAAACUUGCAAUCCUCUUGCCUUAGUCUCCAGAGUCACUGGGAUUACAGGCAUGUGCCACCAUGCCCUGAAAUGUGGAAUGGCUUUAGCAAAAUGUCAAAAUUGAUGAAGUAAAGAAGUUUCAUGAAAAUGAUAUAUAUUGGAAGGCUAUCAGAGGUCUAAAGUCAUCAUACUUGAUGCCAUUUUGGGACAGGGUAACCUGAAUAAUGUUCUCAAUUAUCCAUAAUUUUAAAGUGAAGUGUUUUAAUCACUUAUUAAUUAGUAUUGCCCACCAAUCCCCUUCUGUUUACCCAUUUAUUAGCCGCAAUCACCUGCCAUCUACCAGCAUAUUACCUGCCUUUUGAGUGCAGAUUGCUCACUGACCACUGCCUAUCAACCACCAAUUGCCCAUUUGCCUGCCCAUUGCCUACUGCCUGCUGCUAGCCUGCAGAUCACCAGCAGAUCACCUGUUGCCUUCUUUUGCCUGGAAGCCCAUCAUCAACAAUAUCUGUAGGUUUGGUUACACAUGGCUGCUGCCAUUUUGGGACAACAGCCAGGGCCUGCAGGCUUGCUACCAUAGCCACUGCCAUCGCAGGCCAUGGCCACCUUGGCCUAGGGACCCAGACCAGACCUGGAGAUAUAUUGGGGUACCUGCAGGUCUGGUUGCACCUGAGAUCUUUCUGCUUGGUGUGGUAGUAGCUUCCAUCUGGCUGCCUCUUUGCAGGGUUGUUCCUUUGAGUGUAUUCCUGGUGGUCUCUCUGCAAGUUGAAGGGACAUUUAGAUCUUGGAACUGCAGCCAGACAGGGCCUGGGGAAGCUAAAGCCCAGUUCCAUCAGAUUGAUGCUGGUUUUGCAUGGGCCAGUCCAGGUCUGGCAAACCUGUGGAAAGGUAGAGAGUAGGGACAGUUUCCUGGGGGAGCACAGGUUGAAGAAACCUGGUGCUCUCCAGCUCAGUGAGCCCUGAAGUGUGCAGGGAUGAAGGGGCUGGCUACAGCAGGUGGGAAAAUUGUAACAGGGUAUGAGGGCAUCUUGCUAUCGGCUCACCCAUGCAACUAGCACCCACUGGACUGGAGCUAACAUCAAAUGUCAGAUGACCCCACCUAUCAGUGGAGAAUGGAAGCUGAGAAAACCUUUGAAAGCCAACAGAAGCAAUCAUUCAAUUUUCCAUUGAGAUUUUCCUUUUUUUUUGUUCUUUUUUCACCGCUCUCACACCUCUACCAUCUUUGAAUCCACAUAUUUUUCAUGCAUCAAAUUUACUGAGGAAUGAGAUGUCCAAAUACUCUUGACAGUUUUGUUGUUUAUUCUUAUAUUUUUACUUUUUAAAAAAAAGUUCAUUUUUUUUCCUCUCAUCUGUCUCCCUCGAUUCUUUCUCACUUCUUUCAUACUAACAACCAACCUCUACUAAUUCCUCCC